CUUCAAUACUCCUCCUCUUUCCUCAUCGAAAUGUCUAACUUCUAUGAUGGCCUUGUAGUUGAGUUACAGUCAUGGUGGUGGGCUGGUAUUGCCGUGGUUCUGGCCUGCUAUUAUGCAUGGCUGAUGACCAAGAAAUCAAUAAGAACGCCUCCGUUGCCACCAGGUCCGCCAGGCCUGCCUCUGUUAGGAAACCUUCCCUUUCUUCAACCUGAUUUAAAUCACUACCUUACUAAAUUGUCUCAAACUUAUGGUCCCAUCAUGAGGCUCCAACUGGGCAGAAAGAUCUGUAUUGUUAUAAGCUCCCCUUCGCUCGCCAAAAUAAUCCUAAAGGACAACGAUGCAAUCUUUGCUAACCAUGAGGUUUUUGCAGCGGCGAGAGCACUAGUCUAUGGUGGGAUUGACAUUAUUUUCAGCCCUAAUGGCCCACAAUGGAGAAAGCUGCGAAAGAUUUUUGUUCAUCAAUUGAUGAGCAAUGCGAGCCUUGAUGCCUGCUAUGCAAUUCGCAAACAGGGAGUACGAGAACUGGUGAAGGAUGUGCAUGGCAAGGCCGGUUCCCGCAUUGAUAUCAGCCAGCAAAUAUUUACUUUCGCGCUGGACGUAACAAUGACCAUGGUAUGGGGAGGUCCGUUGCAUGGGGAGGAAAGGAACAGCAUAGGGCCCGAGUUUAUACGGUUAGUAAGGGAGCUUGUUGAAUUGCUAUCAAGACCCAAUCUCUCUGAUCUUUUCCCUAUCCUGGCUCCAUUCGAUCUUCAAGGAAUCGAGUCGAAAGUGAAGAAGGUGUUUCUGUGGUUUGAUCAGAUGUUUGAAUCAGUCAUAGCAGGCCGAACGAAGGAUAGCGAUAAGCGUAAAAACAAGGAUUUGCUGCAGUUCUUGUUAGAAAUGAAGCAUCAAGGAGACGAAGGACGUACCCCAUGUUUAUCGAUGGAUGAAAUUAAAGCAUUGUUUAUGGAUAUUUUACUUGGGGCAACAGAGACUUCAUCAACCACGGUGGAGUGGGCAAUGACAAAAAUGCUACAGCAUCCAACAAAAAUGAGAAGAGUGAGGGAAGAAAUUGAGGAAGUGGUCGGAGACCAAAAAAUUGUGGAGGAAUCCCAUUUGCCCAAACUGCUAUAUUUGGAUGCAGUCAUAAAAGAGACACUCCGGCUACAUCCAACGGUCCCCUUCUUGGUGCCCCGCAACCCCAGCAGGGAUUGCUGUAUAGCUGGAUACACAAUCCCUCAGGGCUCUAGAAUCAUGAUUAAUGCAUGGAAAAUUCAAAGGGAUCCUGAGGUUUGGAAAAAUCCUUCGGAAUUUGAACCGGAGAGAUUCUUGAAAGAGCCAAGAAAAGGUGAUUACAAUGGAAACUUUUUCAGUUUUCUUCCUUUUGGGUCUGGAAGGAGAGUCUGUGCUGGACUUCCUCUAGCUGAGAAAAUGAUAAAGUACGUGUUGGCUACUCUGUUGCACUCUUUUGAAUGGGAAAUACCGGCUGAGGUUGAGCUUGAUCUAUCUGAGAAAUUUGGACUUGUUAUGAAGAAAAGGAACCCUCUUGUUGCCAUACCUACUCCAAGAUUAGCUACUUUGGAGCAAUACUACUGAGGCUGGAUCCUUGAUAGCAUGUACCUGACAUCACGAGGAGUAAGUAAUCAAAUAUGUAGCAUUAUUAAAAUGUUACUUAUUUCAACAUGUAAUGAGUAAGAGUGCUUCUUGUACUCUAAUAAAUAAAAUUUUUUUAC